CCAAGGACAUCAUCAGCCUGGUGAGGGGGGGAAGUUUGAUCCUCUUUCUCACGGAUCGCAGUCAACGGGAGUUUGUUUUUUUCCUCCCAACUCUUUACCUAGGAUUUUUCCCUCAUUUUGGCUCGCUUUUUUAUUUUUUUAUUUUAGGAUAUUUUUUCCCCACCACACACAAAGUGGCAGAUCUCAGCGCCUGCAGCCCUCGCGCGCUCCGCUAAACUGGAUUUUAAUCAGAUUCCCUGUUUCCUUCCCGACUCCUCCAAGUUUGCUUCGAGCUCAUGACUAUGCUGCUUGAUAGCGGUCCGCAGUUCGCCUCGUUAGGAGUGGGGGGCUUCGGGACGCCGCGGCAUCACGACAUCGGGAACCGAGACCCGGGUCUGGGACUGAAUCCCUUCUCGGAGUCCUCGCACUCCGCCGCCUUCAAAAUCAGCCCCGUGGCGCACGACAUCGCCUCCAGCCAGACGUCGGCGUUCACUCCGCAGGCGGGUGGAUACGCGGCCGCCCUCGGACACUCUCACGGCGGGCAGGUGGGCUCGUACGGCGGGGGAGCGUUCAACUCCACGCGAGACUUUCUGUUCCGGAACCGCAGCGUCGGAGAGUCGGCGGCGCAGAGCGCGCAGCAUGGGAUCUUCGCAGCCUCCACGGGGAGCCUCCACGGGCCGCCCGGGAUCCCCGACAACCCCGGACAUUUGUUGUUCCCAGGACUUCACGAGCAGGGGGUGAGCCACGCUCCAUCCGGCGGACACGUAGUGAACAGCCAGAUGCACCUCGGCCUGCGCGGGGACAUUUUCGGCAGACCCGACCCGUACCGCCCGGUGGCGAGUCCCCGGACGGACCCGUACGGGGCUCAGCUGCACAACUACAACCACCCCAUCAACAUGAACAUGGGGAUGAACGUGCCCACGCACCACGGCCCGGGGGCCUUCUUCAGGUACAUGAGGCAACCCAUCAAGCAGGAGUUGUCCUGCAAAUGGAUCGACGAGAACCAGAUGAACCGAGCCAAAAAGACCUGCGACAGGACGUUCAGCACCAUGCACGAGAUGGUCACGCACGUGUCCAUGGAGCACGUCGGCGGGCCCGAGCAGAGCAACCACGUCUGCUUCUGGGAGGACUGCCCGCGGGAGGGCAAGUCCUUUAAAGCCAAGUACAAACUCGUCAACCACAUCCGCGUGCACACGGGCGAGAAACCGUUCCCGUGCCCGUUCCCCGGAUGUGGGAAAAUAUUCGCCAGGUCGGAGAAUUUGAAAAUCCACAAAAGAACGCACACAGGUGAGAAGCCGUUUAAGUGUGAAUUUGAUGGCUGCGACAGACGCUUCGCCAACAGCAGCGACAGGAAAAAGCACAUGCACGUGCACACAUCAGACAAGCCAUACAUCUGCAAAGUGUGCGACAAGUCCUACACACACCCCAGCUCUCUCAGGAAACACAUGAAGGUACAUGAGUCUCAAGGUUCGGAGUCCUCCCCAGCAGCAAGCUCCGGGUACGAGUCGUCCACGCCACCGGUGCUAGUGUCAGCCAGCACCGAGGACCCGACAAAAACCCCCCCAUCAGCCGUGCAGAACCCGUCCGGACACAGCGAAGGACUGGCCCCCAACUUUAACGAAUGGUACGUCUGAAGGCGAGGGAGCAAAACACCCCCCAUCCCUCCUCCGUCACUGUGGACUGCAAGGAUGGGGGGCAAAUGAGGAGUACCUGAAAAUAAAACUAUCCCAGGUCACUUUACACACACACAUAUACACACGUGACUGAAAGAGAAGAUGAGAGCAAAAGCCAGCACCAAGCAGGCCACGUCAGUUCUCAGGAUCACACACACACUUACACACACACACACUUUUAUUUGAGGAGAAAAAUCAAAUCACAAAACGUUCUGAAUACUAUAAAUAAAUGUUUUGCUUUUUUUUUUUAAUCUUUUAGUUUACAGAUUUCAG